AUGCAAAACAAAAGAACAGAUGAAGACGAUCAUAGCAAUAACUCAUUUUAUGAUAUGUAUGAAGAAGAUAAUGUAUUGACGAUUGCGGAUGGUGAUGAAACAGAUUUAAAUGAUGAUGAGUUAAGUGAUAAUUCUUGUUCCUGGUCAGUUAACGAUGAAGAUGAACCACCACCACCUUAUGAUAGUUCUUGGACUAUGCAAAAUAUUGCAAACUUACCUAAAAUUUCAACAUCACCCAAAAAAAUAUCAUUUUCAAUCCCUCAAAAUGAAGAUCAAUCAACAGAUACUUCAUCUGUCCCUGCUACACCAACACGCCGUAGACAAAUUCGCGUACGUCGUGGUCGACGAUUACUCCGACGAAAAACCUCUUCUGUUGAACUUCAAAGUACACAAAGAACAAAUAAUGGGCGCGGAGGACCUAUGGAUCAAGACGAGUUGUUGCUUAAAGUUAAUGAAAAGUUGUCAGAUAUGAUAUCUCAAGGCACAGCAGCAUUGAACAGUACUGUUGAUGUAACUGAAGUUGAAAUGAUGCUCUCAGAAGAAAGAGAACGCGAAGAAAAAAUAAUGAGAGAACUUGGACUCCAAUCACCUGUUGGACGUCGUAACAAAAGGUUUACUAAUUCGCCAUCUUCGGACUAUGAAUAUUAUAGCUCUUUAUCUGAUUCUGGCAGUUAUUCUGCACCAGAAACAUCUUAUUGUGAAUAUGGUUAUGGUUCUAAUAGUGGAUUUGCCUCACCAACUGGAUAUGAUACUCCUUUAAGAUAUGUAAAAUCAAGAUUUUCAGCAACAGGAAUUGUAUUGAUGUUUCAUCAAAAACUAAAUCUUCCUAUUGGACCACUAUAUGAAUUCGAGAAAUUGAUAAAAUGUCAAUUCAGGUGCACAUUAAGGUAUGAUUUCCAGUGUUGGCAAUCAGAAACUACACAUGGGAGGAAACGGGAUGCUAAAGAGGAUGCAUCCAGAGUGGCAUUGAAAUAUCUGACAAAAACUUACAGAAAACAAGCGCUUCACAUCCAACGUACACUUAUUUUCAAUUACAAGUUGGGGCCAAAGAAAUCGGUGUUUGGUAAAGGUGUUAGACAAAUUUCUCAUUUUACCUUGCCAGGAAACGGAUUACCACCAUGUGAGAUUUGGUUAAACCAACAAUAUCAACAACUCGGCAUACCCAUUAUUCCUGAUUCACUACCACAGUCAACACCACCGCCUAGGAUUCUCUUGGCACGAUUUAUGCUAAAAUAUAAUCUUGGUGUUCCAUUGUUUGUAGACAUUGAUCUGCCAUCAGCAUCAUCAAUAAACAUUAAUACUGGUGAUUGUAUUGAUUAUAUUGCUAUAGCAAAAGCGAUAGCUGAUUCUGCUAGCGCUACAUUAACAGCCAAUUCUGCUGGUCCAACGACAUUUCAUGCCUACCGCAAAGCAUUGAAAGAAGGAAUUAGAUCAUAUCAAAUCAGAUAA